CGCGAAGCCGCCCGCCCCACCCGAUCGGUCCCCCCUCUCUGCCUCCCGCGGAGAUCUCCAGUUUGUUUCUUUUUCCUUAGAUCUUGGAUCCGUGCGUGUUGGAUGUAACAGCUUAGGAGCAAUGGGGCUCACCUUCACGAAGCUGUUCAGUCGCCUCUUCGCGAAGAAGGAGAUGAGGAUCUUGAUGGUGGGUCUUGACGCUGCUGGUAAGACGACCAUCCUCUACAAGCUCAAGCUCGGAGAAAUUGUCACCACCAUUCCCACUAUCGGGUUCAAUGUUGAGACCGUGGAGUACAAAAAUAUUAGCUUCACUGUUUGGGAUGUCGGAGGUCAGGACAAGAUCAGACCUCUAUGGAGGCAUUACUUCCAGAACACACAGGGCCUUAUUUUUGUUGUUGACAGCAAUGACAGAGAUCGUGUUGUUGAGGCGAGGGAUGAGCUCCACAGGAUGCUGAAUGAGGACGAACUACGGGAUGCUGUUUUGCUUGUUUUUGCAAACAAACAAGAUCUUCCGAAUGCAAUGAAUGCUGCUGAGAUCACGGACAAACUUGGUCUGCAUUCCCUGCGGCAACGACACUGGUACAUCCAGAGCACCUGCGCUACUUCUGGUGAGGGUUUGUAUGAGGGCCUUGAUUGGCUCUCCAGCAACAUUGCCAGCAAGGCUUAAAUUGCCAGGAGGUGCUUGUUGAUAUGUUCUCUCUCUCGAUGCUGGUCUUGAGUGCAAGGGACAUUGAGAGCCGACAGAACUAUUAGAGGAAUUUAUGUGGAUUAUUUUACCUCAGCUUUUUUGCAUUUACGUCUUAAGAUUUUGCUUGUUCAGAAUGAUUUGAGAUGUUGGCUACCUUGUGUUUUCUGUUCAUUUCUGGAUAUUUUCCCAACAGAUGACAUUUGCUUGUUGAGAUCAUCACCGGCGGAUAACAUCUUUAUGGUUGCUUCUCA